AUGGUGGCUCUUCCAAACGAUCAGUCCCAACUCUUACUGAUUGUAAAGACGCUACCCAUUAUUUUAUUGCCAUUGCUUGAUCAAAAGUUCCGAUUGGUGAAAGUGUUGGAGUCGGAGCUACCUCUGGACCAGUUUCUAAAGAGAAAUGCAAGCUCAGUCCGAGCGAUGAUUGCCAGCCACGCCACCUCCGUCAACGCCGACCUACUCCAACUGCUUCGAACACUGCGAAUGGUGGUGACUUCCAGUGCGGGCGUCAAUCAGGUCGACUUGGCCGAGUGCCGUCGCCGAGUGGUUUCGGUGGCCAAUGUUGGGAACUCUUACUCGAAAGAUGUGGCUAAUAUGGUCGUGGGUUUAUUGAUUGAUGUGCUUAGGAAAGCUGCCUCCGACUGCUACGUCAGACAUGGGUUCUGGAAAGUCAAAGGGGAUUUUCCUCUUCCUCACAAGGUUAGUCUCUAA